AUGUUACCUUCCCUGGUACUCCCCACAGUCUUCGCUCUGCUUCCCCUGACUGCCGCCCUGCAAACAGAGCGCAGGAGUCAGUACAGUGGCAACUCUUCCGACGUUCGUCGUGACCUGCCGCUGAAUGUCCCACCGCGGCUGUACUCGGUCAAGAGGCCCAUCGAUGGGUCAUGGCAGUCUCUCUCCAUCGAGUUCUCCUACAUGGCGGACUAUUUUGGGAAUCUGACGACACCGAACCAGCUCUCAUAUAAUCUUUUGGACAACCUGCAGAGCUUGUCCGGGUCCCCAAUCAUCAUCCGCGCCGGGGGCUCCACCGCAAAUGUGGCAGUCUUCAACGCCAGCCAGGAGCUCGCCGUUGAGAACCACUGGAAUGGGUCCACCAACACGGGCCUCGAGGGCUCCCGCACCGACCAGCCCAGCCUGACCAACAUCGGGCCGGCCUGGUUCGAGGCGUUCCUGACAUCCCCCGAGGGCACGCGGUUCAUCUACGACCUCAACUACCGCGACAACAGCUCCGCCGGCGUCGCGUCUACGGUCGACGUGGCGAAGCGCGUGUGGGACACGCUCGGGCCGGACCUGUUGUAUGCUUUUGAGAUCAGCAACGAGAUGGAACGGUGGGGAGGCAGGUACCGGACCGACGAGUGGGGGCCAGAGCUGUACACGGAGGAGUUCCUCAUGUACACUGAUCUGAUCGAAGAGGCCAUCUGGGGCGGGAGUGAGGAUGGGUCGCAAUCCCAGCCGAUCUUCCAGAUGGGCACGUUCAUGGGGAGCGGCAACAAGACCAUCAAUACGCCCUGGAACUCGGAGGUGGUGUUGGAUUUGGGGAUCAACAAGAAGCAGCAGAUCAGAAGUACUUCACAGCACGAUUACCAUGGCUCCAACUGUGCGUCGACCAAGGAGAUUUCCACCCUUCGGCAGAACCUCCUCAACCACACCAACAUGGCCAACCGCGCCUUUCCUCACCAGCAAAUGGCCCCGCACGUUGACGAGACGCACGGCAUCACGUACGUCAUCGGCGAGACCAACUCGAUCUCCUGCCAAGGCCGCGACGGCGUCUCCAACGUCUUCGGCACCGCGCUGUGGUACCUGGACUACACCCUCUUCAUCGCGUCCAACAUCUCGGCAGUAGGCGGCAUGUAUUUUCACAUGGGCACGCCCUACCGCUACAGCCUGUGGGCGCCGUAUGAGGGCGCGACCAACCACAGCGCCUUGGUGCGGCCGUCAUACUACGGCGCGUGGGUGCUGGCCACGGCCAUCGGGAACGGGGAGGUGGCGUCAGGGCACAACGAGACCUCAGCCCAGGACCUGACGACGCCUACGCCUGGGGCCUACUCGCCGUACUACUCGGGCGACGGGGCGCCCGAGAAGGUAGUGCACCCACUGAUCGCGGAGGAGACGCUCACGGCGUACGCGCUGUACAGGACAGCGCCGUCGCACGCCAUCGACUCGGUGGUCAUCCUGAACCUAGAGCCGUACAACUCGACGGCCAACUACACGCGGCCGUACGUCAACGUCACGCUGCCCGAGAGGAUCCAGACGCCGGGAAUUGUGCGACGGCUCACGGCGUCCGGGAGCGACGUCAAGGACUUUGCGCAGACGGAUGUUACAUUUGCGGGACGGAGCGUGAGCAAGGAGGGGCUCGUCGUGGGGGACGAGGUCACUGAGACAUGGGCGCCGGGGGAGAGCGUGUUGGUUGGUGAUGCCGAGGCGGUGCUGAUUACUUUUUGA